GGGACAAAGAAACACAAAAAUAAUGGAAAUCCAACGGUCAGAAAGCAUACCAGGAUGGAGAAAUGGAUUCCUCACGAGAAGACGAAGCAGAGUUUACGGUGCUUAGAGUUCCUGAUCUCCUUCACCACAGCGCAGCAGAAUCAAAGAACUUUAGAUGCUUUUGCAACCACAGAUGGCAACUUUCCCGUCUUCACUUGUCGUACAGCCCUACAAUGUACAUAAUUUUGGAGUUACUGAAGCAUUCAGACUGGCAGCAAGUGAUCACCAUACACAUGGACAUAUGAUAAAGCAUCAGUCUGGAAAAAGGGAUGAGGUAAGAAUGCUAGCUCAUGGAGAAAGUAGAGCCGGCUUUGCUAAAUCUUCGCGUUACAACCUUAGUAAGGCAUAUGCUUCAUUUGGAAUUUCGGUUGAGAAAAAUGGAUGGAGAUUUGGUAUCAGUGGUAAAAGUAAGGAGCAAGAGAAGGUUGCAACUUAUCUAUUCAGGACAGAAUGUGGGGAUUUGGUGAAUGUUCUUGUUAGAAAGACAGGGUCCGGUUUUAUGGUGUCUAUAGAACUUUCUUCCGUGCAGCUGGCAAACAUUGAAGAAACACCAAUGCUUAGUUGGGGGGUUUACAGAUCUGAUUCUGCUCUUGUAACACCCAACAUUCAGAGUUCACUCCCGGAUGACACAAUUGGGACCAUUGAGACCCCUUUUGUGAAUACUUCUGAAGGAAAAUUUGCUGUUGAGUUAGAGUUUGAUGCUAAGCACGUUCCUUUCUACCUUUCUUUUCUGUUGAAACAUCCUGUGGGUGUUGAUUCAGGCAGCUCUGAAAUUAGAAGUCAUAGGAAGACUAGCUUUUGUGUACCUGUUGGGUUUGGUCGAGGUUAUCCGAGUCCGCUCGGUGUCUCCAUUUCAGGGGAUGGUUCCAUGAAUUUUUCCAUCUUCUCAAGCUCUGCAGAAAGUGUAGUUUUAUGUCUGUACAAUGACAGCACUUCAGAAAAACCAGUAAUAGAGCUAGAUUUAGAUCGAUACAUUAACCGAUCGGGUAAUAUUUGGCAUGUCUCAUUUGAAAGUGUCUCGAAUUUCGUUAGCUAUGGUUAUCUAUGCAAGGGGUCCAAGUCUCAUAAAAAGCAAGACGGAGUCGAGAUAAGUCGAAUUCUUGUGGAUCCAUAUGCUAAGGUCCUUACAACAUCUAGCCAUAAAACUCAUGGUCAUGGACUUGGAUUACCUUCAAAACUUCUUGGGCAAAUAUGCAAAGUACCUGCUUUUGACUGGGAUGGCGAAGUCCGUCCUAACUUGGCAAUGGAGAAAUUGUUCACUUACCGGUUGAAUGUGAAGCGUUUUACUGUCGAUAAAUCAAGUCAACUUACGACUGAUAUUGCUGGUACAUUUGCUGGUCUGACUAAGAAGUUGUUGCAUUUUAAAAACUUGGGAGUGAAUGCAGUUCUACUAGAGCCAAUAUUUCCAUUUGAUGAGAAAGAAGGACCAUAUUUUCCCUCUCACUUCUUCUCACCUACAAACAUUUAUGGUCCUUCUGGGGGUUCCAUUUCUGCUAUCAACUCCAUGAAGGAGAUGGUGAAAGAACUCCAUGCCAAUGGAAUAGAGGUCAUGUUGGAAGUUGUUUUUACUAACACUGCUGAGGAUGGAACACUGCAAGGGAUCGAUGACUCGUCUUACUAUUUUACGAAUAGGGUCGCAAAUUUGGAAGGAAAAAAUGCUCUGAAUUGCAAUUAUCCCGUGGUGCAGCAACUGCUUUUGGACAGUCUUCGAUAUUGGGUGACUGAGUUUCAUAUAGAUGGUUUUUGUUUCAUAAAUGCUUCCUCUUUGUUGCGAGGAUAUCGUGGCGAAUUGUUGUCUCGCCCUCCUUUAGUAGAAGCGAUCGCUUUUGAUCCACUUCUAUCGAAAACUAAAAUAAUUGCAGACUUCUGGGAUCCACAUGAGUCAAUAUCAAAAGAAACUCGUUUUCCUCAUUGGAAGAGAUGGGCAGAGGUGAAUUAUAAGUUCUGUAGUGAUGUAAGGGACUUUUUCAGGGGAGAAGGUCUUGUUAGUAGCCUUGCAACCCGGCUUUGUGGAAGCGGAGAUAUAUUUUCAGAUGGCCGAGGCCCUGCAUUCUCUUUCAACUUCAUUGCUAGAAACUUUGGUCUUCCUCUUGUCGACCUUGUGAGCUUUAGCAGCAGCAAGUUAGCCUCAGAGUUGAGUUGGAACUGUGGGGAAGAAGGACCGACGAGUAAUAUCGAAGUUCUAGAAAAACGACUCAAACUAAUUCGUAACUUUAUAUUUGUGUUGUUCGUUUCACUUGGUGUUCCUGUUCUUAACAUGGGAGAUGAGUGUGGCCAAUCUUCAGGGGGUUCCAUUGCAUUCAAGGACAGGAGGCCAUUCGAUUGGGAUUUACUAAAGACGGGUUUCGGUACUCAAACCACACAAUUCAUCACAUUUUUUAGUUCAUUUAGAGCAAGGCGUUUCGACCUUUUCCAGAGCAGAAACUUUUUGAAGGGAGAAAACAUUGACUGGUAUGGAAACAACCUAUCACCACCACAGUGGGAAGAUCCUUCUUGCAAAUUCCUGGCUGUGAUGCUGAGGGCUGAUAAAGAGGAAAAUGGAUUGAGCGCCGAGAAUCCUGAGCCUCAAAGCGACAUAUUUAUGGCCUUCAAUGCAUCUGACCAAUCCAUAAAUGUUGCUUUACCUGAACCUUCAGAAGGUACAUCCUGGUUUAGGCUGAUCGACACCGCUCUUUCUUUUCCCGGGUUUUUCUCGUCUGAUGGUGAGCUGGUGCCAACAGUGGAAUCUGUUACGUAUGAAAUGCAGGCUCAUAGUUGUGCUCUUUUUGAGGCUAAAAGUUAUAGUGACUGAAAUUCUGUACAUAAACCAGUAAGGAAGGCCAAAUAAGGAUCACUCAUAGUAGCCAACUAUAUGUAAAUUCACUAGUUUCUUCCAUUAAAAGUAUUGUCUGUCAUUACAUAGACAUUUGUUUGCAACAGAGAGAGAGGGGAAGCUCUAGCA